GCGCGUGUGUGAGAGGGAGCGCUUCUUCGACCGAAAGAGAUAACCGAUUAUAAAGUGUAUUUUGUAAAUUUAAUGAAAAAUAUGUAUACGUUUUGUGGGGCUUGUCGGUUUAGUUCCGAGCCGAACGUUCAGCGGGACGGGAACGCUAUGCGCGCGCGAUCGCUUCGAGGUCUAGCAUUGUGAGGUUUCGUCGGAGGUCCCAAAACGGUUUCAUAGAUUCUGGGUGUGUGCGUCCGCGCGAACCGAUUAACAUUCUGAGCGUUAUAUGAUUAUGGUCUUUUUUUUUCUUCUGUUGUCGUUUCCGUCGAUUUGCGUUGACAUUUGAUGCCAGUAUCGAUCGGGAGUGGGAAGAUUCACCUUCAGGAAUUUCUAAACGUGCCGUGAAUGGUGUUACUGUGCAGUGAGAAGGAAAGCACCUUUAACGAGAUAUGGUCUGGGAUUGGAUCGAGCGAUAGAAGUUACCGUAUAGCGGCCCCCCAAAUCCAGCAAAGUGUGUGAUAGUUGUGGGAAAGAUUUACGCUGUAUACCUCUGUGUGGCUGCGGUAGCGGAUUUUUCCAAGCGAAUUGUUGCAGUAAAAGUGAAGAUCCGAUGAAAGCCAGCGCGGAUGCAUUGUUCUCGGCAGCCUAGUUUGAAAAAAAAAACAAUAAGCCGCAUCCAACAUAGUUUAUGAGUUAUGAGCAGAGGCAAGAGAAUGAGAAAUAUAUGAGCGCUGAUAGCAAAGUGAUAGUUGAUAGUGAAUUUUCUAACUUGCAAUAGUGUAUCGAGCAGCAUAAGCAGAGAAGCAACAGUAAUUUGCCGCAAAAUAUCGACCGCAAGAGAGGGGAAAAAUUGUGCCAAGUGUGAUACGAUGCGUGAAACUUAGGCAUUUUCCAUCAACUUGUCGAUGGUUCGACCCACCGCCAAUCAACGUGAAGCAGUGUAUUUUUUUCUCGCAACGUGUAAUUGGAAUCAGCAAAGUCAUUAGCUGUCACAAAUGUGUUAUGACGAAUGAAUUUGACCAGUUUUCGAGUGAAUAGAAAUAAUCUCGCUCUUCGCAAGUGCCAUUUACCUGUUUAUUAUACCUUCAACCGCAUCGUGUAAAUAACGGCGAAAAUAGAUCAAAAUGCAGUGAUCAGGUUUCCAACAGUUUCACCUGCGCUACGCGAUGAUCAUGCGACACUAGCAGAGUGGAAAGUCGCCACUCCCCGGAAGAUACAACUCGGACAAGAAAGCCGCAUGAAGCGUGACGAGGAACGUGCCCGCAAGAUGUGGAGAGAUAUCAGUGUGGCUGCAAUGCAGCAGCACAGUUCCAACUCUCUGCAUCACCAUCCGCAUUACAAUGGAAACGGCCCUGGGCCUGGGAAUCCACAUAAUCCCCACUGGAACCAGCCGGGUUACCGGAACUCGUACAGUUUACCUCACCCAAGCCAAAACGGUGGCCAGAAUGGACGCUACCAGCAGCAUUACGAGAUCAAGCCACUCUCGCAGUCUCCGUCGUUCCAAGAGAUUUCACACGCGAACCAGAACGGAAGUUCCUCGUAUCCUAUGAAGCCGCGACCCAUGUCGAUGUACGAGAUGGGCAAUGGGAAACCUGGCCAGCAGCAGCAGCUACACUCGCUACCUCCCAACUUUGUGCCACAUCAAAACAAAUCCAACGGUCGGUCACCGAUGUCAAAACAGCAACAACAGCAACCAAAUGGCCUACGACAACAGCCGGAAGAGUUGAAAGUUGACCCGGAACUAAUCUUCACAAAGCAGGAACGAAUCGGGAAAGGAUCCUUCGGUGAAGUGUUCAAAGGCGUUGACAACAGGACACAGCAGGUGGUGGCAAUCAAAAUAAUCGACCUUGAAGAGGCAGAAGAUGAGAUCGAAGACAUACAACAGGAAAUCAUGGUGCUAUCACAGUGUGACUCGCCGUUUGUCACGAAAUAUUUCGGUUCAUAUCUUAAGGGCACAAAGUUAUGGAUCAUCAUGGAAUACCUCGGCGGCGGAUCAGCCCUGGACCUGAUGAAGGCCGGUCUGUUCGAGGAGAUGCACAUUGCCAUUAUCCUGCGGGAGGUACUCAAGGGACUCGACUACCUGCACUCCGAGCGCAAGCUGCACCGUGACAUCAAAGCUGCCAACGUGCUGCUGAGUGAGCUGGGCGAUGUCAAGCUGGCUGAUUUCGGUGUUGCUGGCCAGCUAACGAAUACCACCUCCAAGCGGAACACAUUCGUCGGGACGCCCUUCUGGAUGGCGCCCGAGGUGAUCAAACAGUCGAUGUACGACUCCAAGGCAGACAUCUGGUCCUUGGGAAUAACGGCGAUCGAGCUGGCGAAGGGUGAACCACCCAACUCCGAGCUGCACCCGAUGAGGGUGCUGUUUCUCAUACCCAAAAACAAUCCCCCGCAGCUGACCGGUAGCUACACCAAGCCAUUCAAAGAUUUUGUCGAAGCGUGCCUAAACAAAGAUCCAGAAAAUAGACCUACAGCGAAAGAGUUGUUAAAGUUUCCCUUCAUUAAAAAGGCAAAGAAGAACUCAUACCUUAUCGAUUUGAUAGAUAGGUACAAGAAAUGGAAAACACAGAAAGGAGAGGAAAGUGAAACGGAAUCGGAGAAUUCAGACUCUGAGGAAUCAAAACCGGACAGCGAUCUGGACGAGCCGUGGAUCAUGACGGUAAAGGGUAUGCAUUUCAAUAACUUCAACAAAAAUGCAAUGGACGAGUCACUCGGAUCGCCUGUGAAACACAACGGCACCAGCAACAAUGUAAUGGGAAUGAGCAACUCGAGAGACCGAGAUCGAGAUCGAGACUACAACCUGAACCAGCAAAAAUCGAGUCAGCCACGAACAUCCACAUCGCCAUCACACCAGCUGCAGACACCGUCGGCGCUUAUUUCUUCCAAUAGCAAUUCCAACAGUAACAGUCGAAAACAGCAACAGCAACAGCAGCAGCAGCAGCAGCUUUCCUCGGAACGGGAUUCUAUCGUCCCUCAGAAGGAUAUUGUUGGCCACUACCCGAACGAGCGAGCAAAUAUCGAGCGACAACGGGACAGCGAGAAGGAGCGCGAACGGGAUCGAAUAGAGCGCGAGCGGGAGCGAGAACGUGAACGAGAACGCGAGAGGGAACGGGAAAAGGAAUCCGAGCGGGAGAACAAGGAAAGGAGGGUUUCCAAGGAGCAUAAUUCAAAUCAUCGAGGUGGGGACGGCGAAGAGAAGGUCAGCAGUUUACGGCGAGACCGCGAAACCAGUCAUAGUAAUGGUAAUCCUAGAAGCAACAGUAUUACAAAUGUAAAUAACAACUCCAAGAGUCGAACGAACAGCGGUUGCCUGAAGACGAUCAUAUUCCCUCUGCUGUCGGAGAUGCAGCGAAGUUAUUCGAGUUCUAGCAAUUCCGAGCUGAGCGACCUGCGGCUGGCGUUCGAGAAGGCUGAGCUGACCUGUCCGGGGGUGAACGAUUUGUUCGUGAAGGAAAUUAUCCACAAACUGGUGCCCGGAUUUUCCGAAACCCGAAUCAAUACGCUUAUAGACAAAGUGACGCGAGAUUCCAAAGUGAAGCGAUAAAACGCUGAUCCUGAGUCGAGGUAUUUGUGUGCGUAUGUGCGUAGUAGUUUGAGUGUUUCGUGUUUUCAUUACCGGGAUACAAACCCCGUUCAAUUCAAGCGUGUGAGCGUGCAAGUUUUCCAACCAACAACUCCCUGGGCUCCCUGGCGGAAUGAAAACGACAAUGAUUGAUCAUUAAUAGCUACGGUAGAAACUUUGCGCUUGCAGUUUUGUAUUUCAGAAAAAACAGAGUUUGAACAAAAGCAAAAUGACGCCGCAAAAUCUACGGUUAGAGUAUUAAGUUUCGCAAAGAACCUCUGCUACGACAAAACGCAAGUAAAAAGGAACUCUAUUGAAUUUGUAUAUAUGUUGUUGAUGGAACGAAUCCCACAUAAAGAUAUUGAGGUUAUUUAUUUACCACUAUUGUAUCUUUAGCUACAAUUAUUUGGCUAGUUAUUGUUUCUUGUAAUUAUUACCCUCGAUAACACAAAACGCUUGAGCAACACUUCCACCGCGUAAUACAGUAGCAGAGUACCGUUCCUAGGAGUACUUCAACCAGUCACGUGAAUCCAAUUGAUAACAUUGCAAACUAAUGACAAUAUGUCCAGUUUUUUUCAAUACAACAGUAGACUAAAACGAAAUAGCAAGUAUAAUAGUUAGCUAGUGCAUGAGGAUAUCACCAAAUCUUCAAUGACACAAUCCUUCACAUUAUAUAUUUUCGGUAAAUGGAAUAUGAUUACUAUUUUCUGUAAAUAAAGUGUACAAAUCUCUGUUGGUAGGUUUCACCUACGUUGUUUGAAAACUAGCAAUAUCAUUAAAUGAUAAAACAGCUUUUGUUUAUUACACCCAAAUCAUUCUUCAAUCGAUAUUGAUUUUCAAAACUUUAACUUUUCUUUCCUCGUUUAGACGAAAUUCCGCUUCAUCGUCAAAGAUGACCGUUCUUUAUUAGCACCUUUUUUGGUUUGUUCGUUUCUUGUUUCGGGUCCAGCAUGCAAUGUUUAUGUUCGUCUAUUUCCUUCCGCGUUUUUAGCAAAGGCCUUAGCCAUCUGAGUCAUGUUUUAUUAUUUAUUAGCAAUGUUGUGUUUUACUAGUUUGUGCAAUUUUGUUGAUCAAAAAUUGUUUCCGCGGAAGCUGUCACACACGAGCAAAUCAUUUCAUAGAAGCUUUCCCGUCACUAAGCCUUAACUUCGAUCGCUCGACCCUUUCCGGGUAGGAGAAAUAAGAACACUCACAAGCGCUACAGAAGAACAUCCAGGAGGGAAGGAUCAGGGCAGAAUGGUAGUUCGACGAAAAGAGAGGAAUACGAAAAGAAGCAUGUAUGUUUAAUUACUUUUAAUGAAUUCCUCGGUAUGACAUAAUGAUGACUGUAAGUAUUGUGGAGCAGGGAAAACAGUGGCGUCUUAUAUGCAGCCUGCGACUGGUAGGAAAACACAAUGUGCAAAAGAAAAAAGAACACGUAAUAUUUGAAUAAAUCAUACAGAUACUAAUUUAACUAGGUAUAUAUUACUGGAAUCCAUUUCGAGCAACAGAGAUAAUAUGAAAUUUUUGCAAGACUACAUGGAUGUGAGAGCGAAAAAAAAACAACUGUUAUUGCAAUUCUAAAACAAACAUAAAAAAGAAACAUUCAUAGACUUGACAAGGAUUCAGUAGAGAUGGAUAUUGCAAAUAAACUUCUUGUUAACACGUACACGGAAUAAUAAUGUAUAAAGUGAGAAAGAGAGAAAGAGGACAAAACUCAACCCCAAAAUAGAGAAUUCAUAAAAAUGAAAAAAAGAAAUUUCCGAUUCGAGGAACGUGAAUUUCAGAGUAUUAGUUGGUUUCUAAAUGACGUUUUACGAGGUGAAGACGUUCAUUGGAGCGUUUUAGAGACUCUGUUUAGAACAAACCCGUUUGAGUUGUUCAAUAUUGCGCUGCAAUCGAGAAAAAAUAACAAUUAAAUCAUUCGUAAAUAGAAUAUUGGUAA